AUGCUUGGUAUAGGACAACAAUCUUUGAAACAUACUGAUAUAACUACCAAGCAGUCACCUACUACUGAAUUUCCUAGUAAAAGAAUUAUAACUGAGGAGGUUCAGGAGAAGAAGUUGAAAGGAUUAUGUUUCUACUGUGAUGAAAAGUUUAUAAGGGGACAUAAAUGUGCCAAGAAAUUGGAGUUAAGUGCAUGUGCUUUUUAUGACAUAUCUGUGGAUCAAACCAGUAAGACAAUGAAGGUCAAUGGAUUGACUAGGGAUCAUCCUGUCCUUAUACUUAUUGACUCUGGAAGCACACUCAAUUUUGUGGAUUCCAUAUUGAUUAAGAAAUUGGGAUGGCAGUUUGCUAAGACUAAAGAGUUUGAAGUUUCUAUAGCUGAUGGGGGAAAAGUAAGAGGAAUGGGAUGUUGUGUGGCUUCACCUCUUGGUAUUGGCAAUUAUAAUUGUACAACCAAUCUGUUUGUCCUACCUCCGGAUGGUUAUGAUGUUAUUCUAGGAGUGCAGUGGUUAUCAACAAUUAGUCCUGUAUUGUGGGAUUUCCAACUUUUUACAAUGUAG